AUGCUGCAAUGGAUGGGAGGAUCUAGGCGGAAAGUGGCCGCUGUGAGUGACUUUUACUUCUUCGUUUUAGUGAUUCGAUUUUUUGGUUUGGGAUUAGCUCAGAUUCAGAGAUCCAUUAUAACUGCGAAGUUGAAACCUCUGGGUGUUGGGACUUUGGGAUGGCAAAAGCAUUACUUUGAGCAGAGGAGGCAGCAACAGCAUCAGGCCACUGCCACUCCUGAGGGCUGUGCUAAUGAUAGAAACAGUAGUAAUCAACACCUAAGGGAACACCAAUCUUUGGAUAUUCUUAAUUUGCUCAACUUGUCAACCGCAACUCCUGAAUGCAAACCUUGUUAUCCAGAACAUGGAAUGGAAGAUCUAGAUGCUGAUUUCUACAGUCUCAAGGACAGAAUUUCCGGAGUAAGUAAGGUCUCCCAACCCAUGGUCUAUGAUGCAGGAAGUUCAUCAAACCAUAAAGCAGAACCUUCUUCCUCAAAUAGGACUUCGUUUUGUCUCCCUGACAACAUGACAAGUGAUUUCAAGAAAGCAAACACCACAGAUAAUACCACAGCAGAUCUGAUGGACGGCACAGAGCGGAAGUUAUCUGUCUUUGAUUUGGUUGGUGAUGAUCAGACCACAGCCAACCUGGAAGAAUGUUCUCCAUCUGAGGCUCACAUGGCAUUUUCAGUUGAAGGAUUGGGUAAUAUAAACACGGAAACUCCGGUUAAUUCUCCACACUCAUCAGACAGGAACGUUGCAUACCAGUGCUCCUCUCCAUGGAAGGAUACUGGUCAGCCAGAUACAUCAAACGUCAGGGAAAGGCUCAAUGACUUUGAGAAGGAAGUGGACACAAUAAUUGAAAGUAGCAAAAUGUUCCAAGAUGACAGCUGUUAUAGGUCGCCCGUUGGUAUAGAUGAUAGAGAUGUGGGCAGAAAGCAAAAAAUGCGUACUUUCAGUGAUCACUUGCACAAACCAUAUAAUAGCGAGUCAAGAAGCUACUUCUGUGACGCUGCAGAUUACAGCAAAAGGCGGGUCUCUGAUGAAAACGAGUGGAACGCUAAGUUGGCCUUCCAUGGUGAUGGGGAAGACAGUUUUUAUUGGAGGGACCAACAGCCAUGCGAAGAGGAGAGCUUUAACCUUAAUUUCAUGAAUUAUGGAAAGGAUUACACUGGGAGUCGCUCUUCUGCAGAACACCAUGGGACAAAGAAGAGGGAUUACCUGGAAACGACGUGGAGGUCCAAUCUCGAAGAUUCACCAGUUCGAAGACCACAGCGUCUAGAAAGGACCAUCGAUCAUCGAAGUUUUGCUAAUGAAUUAAACCCUGACUUUGAUUUCGACAAAGUAUUUGACAAACCAGUUUGGUCAUCUGUUGUACUGGAUGAAGAUAAAGACAGCCAUAGUUUGCGUAGUGAAGAAUCUUGCUCGUCUAGUGCAGUUUGGGCCAAAGAAACACCCAUUUCACAGUUUGUAAACAACACAAGACAGAGGAGUAAGAGGGAAAUUAGUUCGUUUCUCAACCUUGAAGACAAGAAUUAUCUGAAUAACGAACUUUUCCAAGAAACAUGGGAAGAUUGGGAUGUGGAUGAUCAACGUUUGAAGAGAAAAUCUGGCUAUGGAAAGCAGGCCAGAUUGUCAAACCCAGGAAAGUUGAAAUCUACCAGUCACAGAGACUCCUCUUUCCGUGGUGGUUUGGAACCGUCUUACAAUUGGUUUGCAGAAGGGUUUACGUCUGCAGGCAUAAGCUCAGGUAUUACAACAGAGAGAGACAAGCCAUAUCCUUUCCUAAACCCUGAGCUUGGUAGCUCGCACCGGCGUCCAUCUCGUGCCCCUGAUUCUAUUCCGGAAACAUGGGCUCCCAAGUUUUCAGUAGGAGGCACUGGAGUCAAUGGUGAGGAUGAGGAUGAUGAACAGAACUAUGCAAACUGUUUAUCAGCGAAUCAGAAAUCUAGACUAGCAGGAGACAUGUGCGGUUUUGAGAGUGACACGUUAUCAGAGAACGAAAAUGAGCAAAGCAAAGAAGUGAAUCACCCAAAAAACCAGGGAGAUGAGACCUCAUCAUCCGUUGCAAAGAGCCUCUCAGACGAAAAUGAAUGUAAGGAGGUCAUGGAAGCUCCGCAUCAAGGAAACAGAGGUAAAUGA